CAGAAGAAACCUCAGCUCACCUUUACAACACGGCAUUAUUCGAUUCAUCAUUCGACCCCUUGCUUUCUACGGAGUGGAUUACAUAUAUAACCAGCGAUACAAACCUUCUUAACUUUCUGCAGCCAUCGGCAAUGGCGCUUCUUUAUCCCAACAAUGUCUUUUCAUAUUCCUUUACAGCCCUAUUUUUACUUUCGCUUUAUCUCCGUUCAACGGCGUAUUACGUUUGGAAGGGCCGACAUAGCCAGCAGCAGCACAUACAACAAGCCAGAAUGCCGGUAAUCAAACCCUCUUGCAAUAUGUUCUACGGAAGCUGGAUCUACGAUGAAUCUUACCCUCUCUACUCACCCUCCAGCUGCAACUUCAUCGACUCGACGUUUGACUGCAGCCGGAGACCCGACACCAAUUACCUUAAGUAUCGCUGGCAGCCGGCCGCCUGUGACCUCCCUAGUUUCAACGGGAUCCAAUUUCUGAAUAAAAUGAGAGGGAAGAGUGUGAUGUUUGUCGGCGAUUCUCUGAGCCGCAACCAGUUUGAGUCGUUGAUUUGUAUGAUUCAAACCUUGAUUUCACCUUCUGAUCCAAAACCCCAAACCCAGAUGAACGGCGGCGACCCAUUAUCCUCUGUAUCUUUCCCUGAGUAUGGAGUGAAAAUAUCGUACUACAAAGCAGUAUUCCUUGUGGAUAUAGACAUGUACCAGGGGAAGAGAUAUCUGAAACUGGAUGACAUAAGAGGAAACGGGAAUGCUUGGUUGAAUGCAGAUGUGCUUUCUUUUAACACAGGUCACUGGUGGUCUCAUUCGGGCUCUACCCAAGGUUGGGACUAUGUGGAGUAUGAUGGGGUGCAACAUCAAGCUUUUCAGGAUCCACUGGAUGCUCUUGAAAGAGGACUGAGAACAUGGUCGCAAUGGGUGGAUGAUAAUGUUGAUUUCAGUAGAACGAAAGUGUUUUUCCAAAAUAUCUCUCCUACACACUACGGCUCUGGGCAAUGGAAUAUAGGACCAACAUCUACAACGUUAGAGAGCUGUACUGGACAGACAGGACCUAGUAUGACAUAUCCAGUGACAUACCCCGACCCAAUUGAAGAGGUGUUGGCAAACGUAAUUGGAGGAAUGAAGAACCAACCAUUCUUGCUCAACAUAACUGCGCUAUCGGAAAUGAGAAAAGAUGCACACCCGUCCGUUUACAGUGCAAGUAGCAGCUCAGCUGAGAUGGCAAACCAAAAAACUGCUGAUUGCAGCCAUUGGUGCCUUCCUGGCUUACCUGACACCUGGAAUGUGUUAUUCAACUAUGCUCUUUCCCUCUAACCUCGCCUCCAUGACCUACUUAGGUGCUAAUGAGGCUAUAUAAUUUGCUUCUGGAACCUGUCUUUCGGCGUCUUAGAAGAAUAUGGGGAUGACAACCCUUAGAACGACCCUUCAUCCAUCCUCAUUGCUGUAUCUACCCUUAAGGAGUUUUUGCAAUUUCACAAGGAGUAGAGUUUUGUAAUUUCAUUUAUAUGUAUAUAUGUAAUCACAGUACCAUGGCUGCCAACUUGGUGUGUGUGCCUGCGUAUGGUUGGAUGUAGUAGGACUAUCAGAACAAUGUAUUUAUUCAUUUAUUUAUUUAUUAUUUUAUUUAGACAUACUAGUGAUGUGUAAAUCCUUUGACAUGUACGGAGUAUUUUAGAACCAUUGGAUAAUUGUUAUUUUCAACUUAUGAGCUUUAUCGACCAAUUUUCUUUACUAAA